AUGGUGCCGGCAAGAGCAUCGAGAUCUUCAAGCAAUUUCCCAAUCCUGACCUCAUUCCAAGGAUCCCUAUACUGCUCUCUCAGUAUGAAAUCAGUGGAGAAAUUAUACAGAAUGGUCAUUCUACUCUGUGACGGGGUUUUAGUCAGCAACUCGGUCUGCGGCGGCGCAUCGAGCGGGGGAUCGAGAAGCCUCUCGAAGAUAUUGGACCUUGUCUCCCACAGUGCGAUCGUCACCGGCGAAUGGUACAUCCCCGGCCACAAGCUAAGGGGCUUUUUCCUCUUCGAAGGAGAAGAAAUCGAAUUAGAAUCACAGUUGCUGAGGGGAGCGAAAUUGGAGAAGAUGCGAAUCGGACUGGAUGGCGACAGCCUCGAUUCCUCCAUUAGCGCAGAAAAUUGGAAAAAGGAAGCAGUACAGAGGAUUUCGAGAACAAAUCAGAUUGGAGCUGACAUUGAAAGGAUUUGUGAAUUGAAGUCUGCCUCUUUUGGUCUUAGGUGUAUUAUAAAUUGGUGUGAUGGCCAGGUUUUGGUAGUCCAUUUUUUUGUUGUUUUGGGAUUGGGUUUGGGGAUGGGCAUUAUAGGGGUAGAUGAAUCUAGAAGCAUGGUAGAGUCUUCCAUAGCAAUGUUCUGUUGGGCUUCUGGUUUAGCAGAGGAUAUUAUGAUUGUGUUAGGUGAUGACUCAAGAGGUUUCAGCACUGUCGAUUUGGGGAUAAGGGCUAGACUGUUAGAGGAUUGA